UCAUGAAAAGUGCACAUACUGUGAGUCAUAUAGGGCAAGUCCUGCCCGGUGUGUUUACUCUGCUUCUUCUACUCGGAGCUGUGAAGGCGUUUAAAGGAGCAACAGGCGGACUGUAAUAAGUCUGCGGAGUCUAGAUAUUAAUCCGUUGUCAAGGCUUCGGUAAAUUAAUGAGAAAGAGGGGAGUGUAUAGUCCGUUUCUAAAUGGAGCUGCUUCGGUUUUCCGCUUUUUGGUAUGGAACGAUACUCUUUGGUAGUAUUCUGCUCGAGGAGGCGGAAGCCACUAUAAUGAAGAUGAAAAGGCUGUGCAAGUUCUGUGACGUGCAGGCAACCAGCUGCACAGGUAAAGGCAGCUGCAAGGUGGCGUGUGAGAUCACGUCCAUCUGCCCCAAUCAAACAGAUGUGUGUGUCAGUAUCUGGAGGAAGAAAGAUGACAACAUCACCUUUGAUACAGUCUGCCACAACCCAGCUCAGAAGCUGUAUGGCCUGGUCCUGGAGGAUUACAACAACAGCAAGUGUGAGAUGAAAGAAAGAAAGGGCAUGGGCGCACAGUUCUUUAUCUGUUCCUGCUCUGAGGAUGAGUGCAAUGAGCACAUCUUCUUUAACUCCUACAUGGAUUCCCAGGUGGUGGCGGUCAUCUUAGUGAGCCUGGUGCCUCUGCUGGUUAUGGCUGUUGUCGUCAUCACUUCCUUCUACUUUUAUCGGGUCUACCGCCAGCGGCAAGCCAGCUCCAGACGCAAGAGGGGUCUUCCGCUGGACUUCAGUGACGCUCGCGCCAUCAUGAUAGACGACGCAGGUUCAGACAGUAGCUCCACACACGCCAAUAACCUCAACCACAACACAGAGCUGCUGCCCAUUGAACUGGAUGUUCAGGUUGGAAAAGGACGCUUUGCAGAAGUUUACAAAGCCAAGCUUAAGCAGGGCUCCUCAGUCAGUGAGGAGCAGGGCUUUGAGACAGUGGCCAUUAAGAUUUUCCAGUACGAGGAGUACGCCUCCUGGAGGAAUGAGAAGGAAAUUUUCUCAGACGCAGACCUGAGACAUGACAAUGUGCUUCACUUCCUGACAGCAGAGGAAAGGAAGGUGCAAAGACAGUACUGGCUGAUCACAGCCUACCAGCCAAGAGGGAACCUCCAAGAGUACUUGAUUCACCAUAUUAUCAACUGGCACGACCUGUGGCUGCUGGGGGGUUCGCUAGCGCGUGGAGUGGCGCACCUUCACAGUGACCACACCCCCUGCGGUCGUUACAAGGUGCCUAUCGCACACAGGGACAUUAAGAGCUCCAACAUACUUGUGAAAAGUGACCUGACCUGCUGCCUGUGUGACUUUGGCCUCGCCCUCCGCCUGGACAAUACUCUGUCUGUGGAUGAGCUGGCCAACAGUGGGCAGGUGGGUACAGCCAGGUACAUGGCCCCAGAGGUCUUGGAGUCCAGAAUCAACCUAGAAAACAUUGAGUCUUUCAAACAGGCGGAUGUUUACUCCAUGGCUCUUGUACUGUGGGAGAUCAUAUCCAGGUGUAACGCAAUUGGAGAGGUGAAAGAGUACGAGCCACCCUUUGGGAACCUGAGGGAACACCCGUGUGUAGAGAGUAUGAAGGACAGCGUUCUCCGAGACAGAGGAAGACCUGAGAUCCCAGACAGCUGGCUCAACCACACAGGCAUCCAGAUGGUGUGCGCCUCCAUAGAUGAGUGCUGGGACCACGACCCGGAGGCCCGUCUGACAGCCCAGUGUGUUGCUGAGCGCUUCUACGACAUGGAGUACCUGGACAAGCUGUCAGAUCGCUCUGACUCAGAGGAGAAGAUCCCUGAAGAAAUCUUUGUGGUGGAUGAGAAGUAGGGCUCAACAGAAACAAUGCCCCCACCAGGGUGGCAGAGGAAUUACAACCAAGCUGGAAGAGAAAGAAAUUUCAGUGGAUGCAUUGUUUGCCAUGGGUUCGUCAGAAAUGUUUGACAGAGGAGCAAACUGGAAAAUCAUGUAGAUGAAACAGAACUCACACCAGAGAUGGACUUAUACAGAUGGGGACCAACAUAAAUAUAAACAGCAGUGACCGACUUGAUUUGUUUUCUUCUACAUGCUUCAAAGACUGAUACAUAAACAACAGGGAAAUCGCAUUGUAAAGCUUUUUUAACCAAACACUAUUUGCACUUUAUCAUAAUCUAUGCACACCAAAUGAUAUAUAUUCAGUAUUUUUUGUUCUGACAAUGCAUUUCAGGUAUAGGGAAAUAAGGGUAUUUAGAAAAGGGGGUAAAAGGGGCCAAUGUAAAAUAUAAGACAAUUAACAACACUAAUAUCUCCCCUUAUAGUUUAUUCGACUGCAUACUUAAAUGUUUUCCUUGGUGGCCUUGGAUAGAUGUCAACGGGACUGGAUGACGAGACAAGAUUCAAGGUGCAAGUAUAAUUUCUUGUGGCAUGAAAUGGAAAUUACCCACAGCAAAGAAAUAGAAAACCCAUCCACUGCAGUAAUCCGCAGGGAUAGCUGAUAUCAUAUCUCAAUGACUAUGAAUUGUGAUAUAAAGACAGUAAAAUCAGCCUGAAAGGAACAGAGACAUUGCAUCCGGAAAGUAUUUACAGUGCUUCACUUUUUCCACAUUUUGUUAUGUUACAGCCUUAUUCUUAUUGUUACAGAUUUUUUAAUUUUUAAUACAUUUGCAAAGAUUUCAAACAAACUUCUUUCACAUUGUCAUUAUGGGGUAUUGUUUGUAGAAUUUUGAGGAAAAUAAUGAAUUUAAUCCAUUUUGGAAUAAGGCUGUAACAUAACAAAAUGUGGGAAAAGUGAAGUGCUGUGAAUACUUUCCGGAUGCACUGUAUAUACUGUGUGUUUGUGUGUGUUUAUUUGUGUGUAGGUGUGAUUGUACGUGUACAUUACUCAAAGGACUCUGGUCUAAAAAGAGUCUGUUUGAUCAAAGAUAAUAAAGGGAAUAGAGAUAUGUGUAAAGGACUCUAAACUGGAAGUUCCAGCCCGCCGCCGAUAUACUACAAAAGCUGAACUUCUUUAUUACAGAAAAGGGAAUUCUGAUCCAGCAGUCCGAAAAGAUCUAUAUCAAAGUAAUUUUUGUAUAAAAGUGUAAAGCCAUAAUUAAAAGUGUUACAGUA